UUGAAAAUAUGAAUUUACAAACAAGUCGAUAUUUGAUACAAAAUAUUAAUUAAUCAAUUUUUGUUCUUUUUUUUCAAUCACGGUAAAAAAGUAAAAAAGUUUUCCGUUACAAACAUUAAAUGAAAGCAUGGCAAUUGCACUUUUUUCAUUGCACACUUGUCCUCCUUUAAACAACAACAUCAAAGAGUGAACACAGAAAACCAGUUAAAGGAAUUCUUUUCAACAAUACUUCGAUGCAACCUUCUACUCUCAUUAUAAACUUUAAAUUGAUCUUGACAGUGUUCGAGUGGUCAAUGGAAUAAAACAAAUGAAUGAAAAAUUUAACAGUCAAGUAACGAAAGUGAGCAACAAUAAAUAAAGAAGAUAAUUGAAUGCAUUUAAGAAUUAAAUGACUAUUGGCAUCAAAGACAUUUAUCGAUGCAAAUGAACAUUACUUUUAUUUUAUAAAAUUGUGAGAAAAAAGUGACAAUGGAAUGUAUAAUUAGUUUUGAAAUAUAAAUAAGUGCAAAUAAAAAUGAAAAUAGUAAAGUUAAAUAAAAAUGGCUUAGUAAAAAUUGAAAAUGACUCGCGAAUGAAUAUAAAUAAUAUAAAUAUAGAACGUCAACACACAUAAAAACUAUUUAUAAAAAGUGAAAUGUUAUUCAUGUGCAAGAAUUAUUUUUGCUCAGAGUUUUCAUCUGUUUUCCGGAUUAUCAUCAUAUAAUUAGUAUAAGUGGUCGAGAGAUUAAAUAGAAAAAUAUGCUCCACAAUAAACCAUUAUGACAAAAACAACGAACAUGAUUGAUAACAAUAAAAUCAAUAUUUGGAACAAGAAUGUGAACAUAGAGGAUUCAUUAAUUGAUUAUCCGCGUGCUGUAAAUAACAUCAGAAGUAGCAAUUUAAAUAAAUCUGAAUGGCUAUCAGACUUUAAUAAUAAUAAUAAUAAUAAUUACUCUAGUGUUCUGGCAGAAUUACUGACUGCUGGAGUUGAGACGAAUUUUAAUAUAACAUUAGCACGUCGUGAUGCUUUAUAUAUUGUUAUUCCUAUCACCAUCAUCUAUGCAAUCAUCUUCCUCACUGGAUUAAUAGGAAAUGUGUCUACGUGUGUGGUGAUUGCAAGGAAUCGAUCUAUGCACACAGCAACUAAUUAUUAUUUAUUCAGUCUUGCUCUAUCUGAUCUACUACUACUUGUCUCCGGAUUACCUCCAGAAAUGUACUAUAUUUGGUCACAUUUUCCAUAUAUCUUUGGAGAAGCUUUUUGCAUUAUUCAAAGUUUUGCUGCUGAAACAUCUGCAAAUGCGACGAUACUUACCAUUACAGCUUUUACUAUUGAAAGAUACUUAGCUAUUUGUCAUCCUUUUUUGUCUCACACAAUGUCGAAACUUUCCCGGGCGGUGAAAUAUAUUGUGGCUAUUUGGCUUCUGGCUCUAUGUUUGGCUAUACCUCAAGCAAUUCAGUUUGGGGUGGUUUACUCUCAUGAGAUGAACGGUAGUAUGAUUCCGGACACCGCAAUGUGUUCUAUUAAAUGGGUAAUAAUUGAGCAUGCAUUUGAAAUAUCAACAAUUUUACUGUUCGUUGGGCCUAUGACUAUUAUCACAGUUCUUUAUAUUCUCAUUGGCAUUAAACUAAGACAUUCAAGGCUACUUACAAAUGUAAAAAGGAAUCCACUUCCUGGUUGUCUUAAUCAUGGAGAUAGUGGCAAAUCUAGAGGAGUCGCACAACGAAAUGUCAUCCGGAUGCUUGUUGCAGUGGUGGUUGCUUUUUUUAUUUGCUGGGCUCCAUUUCAUGCACAAAGAUUAUUGGCAGUAUAUGCUCAAAAUACGGCAAAUGAACCUCGGGCUGCACUAGUCACAAUAUAUACAGUCCUCACAUAUAUUUCAGGAAUAUUUUAUUAUCUCUCAACUACUGUUAACCCUCUCCUCUACAACAUUAUGUCUAAUAAAUUUCGUGAAGCUUUUAAGAGUAUGUUGGCACAACACUGUAGCACGAAAAGAUCAUCACAAAAAGAUAAUCCACUGAGACAGACGUAUAGUGGUCUUUCUCGCAAUGCAAAAUCGACAAAUAAACAACCAGAUCCACAAUCAUCUUCUUCUGCAAGUGACGACAUUCGACAAUUAGCGUCAUUUACACAUUGCCAACAUCAUGAUGAUCAUCAACAAUCAAUGACAACGACUAAUAGUAAUACACCGAAAUAUUUAGAUAACGUUAUGAAUUGGAGAUCAAAACCUGACAACCCUAGAUUAAUAAGUUUAUCAAAGACACGAGAAAUUACUUUGGUAACAUCAUUACCAGAAUGUUAUAACGACUCUUGCAAUUCCAGUCGAAGAUUUUCCCAAGCAUUUCAUCGAUGCUUCAAUAAAAAUGAUCAAUCUUCUAUAGAACCUACAACAAUAGGUAUUCUUACUGAUUGUUCACAAAAAUUCUUUACACAGCACAGAUCUCCAUCAUUGACUAAAUUUCCGUUUGGAAAUAAAUUAGCACAUAGUCAUUCAAAUGUAAUAAGACAUAAUAGUAUUGAUAGUAAUCAUACUAUUCACUCAACGAAUCCUCAAGAUUUAAAUAAGACUGAAUUUGUUGGAUUAAAGAGUAGUAUUCUAUAAUUUUCUUUAAUAGCAAUCAUUUUGAUAGAUUUAAUUGUAUUUAAGCAUUUGCAAUUUGAGAUUAUUGAAAUUAAUUGAAUAAUAAAUUUUUUAAAUAUAUAGAGAGGAAUUAUCGCAAAUCAAAUAUCAGAUAAAUAUCCUAAGAAAGAAAGAGUUACUUAAUUAACUAAAUUAAUUAAUUUUAGACUUGAAACAUUGUUUCUAGUAGCUGAACAGUAUUAUUCUUGGAAGAAUUGUUCAGUAUAUUGAUUGUCUCCAAUAGAAUCGCUUGUCAUAGGAUUUAUAAAUAUUAAUUUAUCAUUAAAAUUUUUUUUAUAUCAAAUUUUUAGUAGAGAAUAUUAAGCUGGAAACAUAAAUUUAGAUGUCCAAACAACCUGUGAUUAAAUCAAUAAUAUAAUAAAAACUUGAUAAAAAAAUAAUAAUUUUUACCAUUCUAAUUAUUUUAAACAGUUCUAAUAUUAGUAGAUACUAAGAGAAGCAUU